AUGCUGCUCCAUAUCUUUAUCAGUGAUCUGGAAGUAAAUCUAAAAUCACUGCCGGGUGGCUCCUUGGGCAAAGGCACAUCCCUGAAAAGCGGUUCCGAUGCCGACCUCGUGGUGUUCCUCAGCUGCUUCAAAGGGUACGACGACCAGGAGAGGAACCGGGCCGGGAUCAUCAAGGAGAUCGAGAGGAUGCUGGAGAAGUGCCAGCAGCAGAGGCACUUCGAGGUGUUCAUUGAGCAGUCCCGGUGGCCGAACCCCCGUGUGCUGAGCUUCAUGAUGAGUUCCAAGACGCUCAAUGAAUCCAUCGAGUUUGACGUGCUCCCAGCCUACAACGCCCUGUGUACGUCCUGCUGCCCCUACUCCGCCAGCUGCCUGCUCUCUGACCGUCUCCAAAGGCCAGGGAUUCUCCUUGGGGGGAGAGUCUGGGCCCUGAGCCCUGGAGAGCCGCGUUUGCUGGGUUGCGAGUGUCACAGUCCCCCAGGAGUGGUCCCCCUGCAUUACCAGGGUCCAGGUUUGCACUGCAGGUGCCACGCUGAGGUUAAACAGAGAUGGAGCCCAGCCUGGCAUGCACCUGUGUGUUUAUGUUCUCUGCCAGCCUCGGGUGCCAAGCCUCCCUCCCAGGUGUACGAGGAGCUGAUCCAGAGCUGCUCCCGGGGGGGCGAGUUCUCCACCUGCUUCACCGAGCUGCAGCGGGAUUUCGUGGUGGAUCGCCGCACCAAAGUGAAAAGCCUGAUCCGCCUGGUGAAAUACUGGUACAAGCAGCACGUCCGUCCAUACAAAGAGUACCUGGGAAAGGGGGAAUCCCUGCCCCCCCAGUACGCGCUGGAGCUCCUGUCUGUCUACGCAUGGGAGCAGGGCAGCAGGGAUCGAGCUUUCGACAUGGCCGAGGGCUUCCGGACGGUGCUGGAGCUGAUCCGGCAGUACAAGCAGCUCUGUGUCUAUUGGACCAUCAACUACAACUUUGCGGACGAGGUCCUGGCAGGGUUCCUGCACCACCAGCUCCAGAAAGCCAGGCCCAUCAUCCUGGACCCGGCAGAUCCGACGGGGAUCGUGGGGGAGGGGAGCCGCUGGGACCUGCUGGCACAGGAGGCUGAGUGCUGCUGUUACCAGCAAUGCUGCAUGGACCUCUACGGUGUUGCUGUGCAGCCCUGGGACGUGUCGCCUGAGCAAACCCCCAAAGGGAGCAGGGGCUUUGAGAUCCACACUGGAGCGCAAGAACAUCCAGUCUCAGCACCUCAGCCUGGGCCAGCCUACACCAGUAACGAAGCCAUGGCGGUCCAGCAGCCGUCCUUCUCUGGCACCUCGGCUGUGAAGAAGGAGGAGCAAGCAGCCACCUUGGCAUGGAGAAGAGGUGAUGUGAUAAAUGAAGGGGGGGCAGCCCCUGUUGUCUCCUCACCACCACCAGUCAUGGGGCUCUACCAGACACCAGCUGAGGAACUCGAUACAUUCAUCAGCAACGACCUGCAGCCCAACAGAGUUUUCAAGAACCAGAUCAGCACAGCCAUUCACACCAUCUUCCUAUUUCUGACCCAAAACUGCUUCAGAAACUCCGGCUCUGCAAUGCGGGUGCUGAAGGUGGUUAAGGCCGGCUCAUCGGGGAAAGGCACGGCCCUGAAAGACGUCUCCGAUGUGGACCUCGUCGUGUUUGUCAGCUCGAUUACGGAUUUCCAGGACCUGAAAGCAAAACGGAAAAAAAUCAUUGCUGAAAUCCAGACAAGGCUGGAGGAAUGCAGAGAGUCCCUGGGAAAAGACCUAGAGCUGAGCAUUAAGAAAACAAAGUGGGAGAACCCCCGUGUGCUCACUUUUACCCUAAAAUCGAAUACCAUGGGUGAACAUAUUGAUUUUGACGUGCUGCCGGCUUUCGACGCUCUAGGCCAGCUGUACAGAGGCUAUAAACCCGACCCCCAGGUGUACAUCAGGCUGACGGAGAGCGAUCCCGAAGGGAGCGAGUUCUCCCCCUGCUUCACCGAGCUGCAGAGGAAUUUCGUCAUGGCUCUCCCCGCCAAACUGAAGAGUCUGAUCCGCCUGGUGAAACGCUGGUACAAACAGUAUGUCCUUCCCCACAAAAAGAAGCUGGGGGGGAAAGAGUCCCUGCCCCCCCAGUACGCGCUGGAGCUCCUGUCUGUCUACGCCUGGGAGAGAGGGAGCAGGGAUCCAGCCUUCAACAUGGCCGAGGGCUUCCGGACAGUGCUGGAGCUGAUCCGGCAGCAUGCCAAGCUCUGUGUCUUUUGGACCAUCAACUACGGCUUUGCGAAUGAAACCCUGGGAUUGUACCUGGAGUCUCAGCUCUGCAAAUCCAGGCCCAUCAUCCUGGACCCGGCGGAUCCAACGGGGAUCGUGGGGCAGGGGAGCCGCUGGGACCUGGUUGAAGAGGAGGCUGAGCUCUGCUGUGCCCAGCAAUGCUGCUGGAAGCGCAAUGGAUCCGCGGUUCAGCCCUGGAAUGUUCCGGUAAGGGCAGGAUUCCCUGCAGUGGCUCUUAUUGUGUCUAAGGGUGGAACAGCCCAGCCCAUUGGGUGUCCCUUCCCGUGCACUGGAGGGGCUAGGAUAGCCCAGGGCCCUGUUCCAUCUCCCCACCGCAGCAAUGCCCCCUCCCUGCAAGAGAGGCAGCAAUUGCAUUUGAUGCCUCUGUGGCCCUCGGUGGUCUCUCCUCACUGCGCCAGCAGUCGCUGA